CCCUCUGCCCCCCCCUCUCUGUUAAAGACUUCAACUCAUUCACAUCUCACACGCUCACCUCUCUCUCGGUGUGUAGACGAGAUUUUGCUAAUCAAGAAGAGGGAUCACAACCACGUAUGUCGAGUCUACUCGGAGCUAACUCAGCACCGAGUCUCGAAAGAAUCUUUAUCUAAUUUAUCAAGAUCGUCUGUUUAAGUAUCAUCAGGGUUUUUGAUCUGGAAUUGUUGAAUUUGGGAUGGAUGAGGAGACAUCUGAUACUAUGAAUCUUGAUUUGAAUCUCGGUCCUGGUCCUGAGGCUGAAUCAGAAUUAGAAGCACCUAAUGAUGCAGUGAAUUUGGAUGAUUGGGUUGAUGACCCUAUUGUGAGAAUUAGGGAAGCUGUCAGAUUUAGGGCUCGACAACACAGGAGAUGGAGACAAUUUCAACUUCCACUACAAAGUCAAAGCCUUUCGGUGGAACUGAAUCAACUGAUGGGUAAUCCUGGCCAUGUGGGCACAUUACAGGCUGGUGAGGGAAGUGUUGCUGCUGAAGAAAGAACAAAUGAAGCACCUAAAUUGUGCGAAAAUAACAAUGUUUUUUUGGAAGAUGAGGUGUCAGAGAAAAAGGAUGAUGUUGAGAAGACCAGUGACAUUGAUGGGAGCUUCUUUGAUUGCAAUAUUUGUUUGGAUUUGGCUACAGACCCUGUUGUUACUUGCUGUGGUCACUUGUUUUGUUGGCCAUGCCUCUACCAGUGGUUGCAUGUUCAUUCAGAUGCGAAAGAAUGCCCAGUUUGCAAGGGAGAGGUGACCAUGAAAAAUGUGACCCCAAUUUACGGCCGUGGAUGUACCACCCGCGAGCCAGUAGAGGAUACGAAUCUGGAGAUCCCUAUUAGGCCUCAUGCACGGCGGGUUGAGAGUUUGAGACAAACUGCUUCAAGGCAUCUUUACAGCUUCCCAGUGGAGGAGAUGCUUCGGCGACUUGGAAGUAGACUUGAUUUCGCUCAGGAUUUGUCUCUGCCACAGGACUCAAAUGGUUCCCGUGGAGCUGCUGAUCGGACCCAAUCCCUUCUGAAUAGGAUUAUGACAUAUAGGGGAAUGCGAGCUGAGCAAAAUCCUAUCGGACCUCCUGAUGAGAUAGUGGAUUUAACUCAGACCAGCCCAAGUAGCCCUGUGGGAGGGCAUGCACGUCGGCUUCAUGACAUAGUAGAUUUAAUACAUUCUGGCACAGCCAGCACAGAGACAGGAUCUGCUCGUCGGGCAAAUGUGCUGCUACCUCGAAGAUCACACCCACACUCUCAAAGAUCUUCAUCCCACACUGCAUUUUCUCCUUUGAAUUCAACUGAAGGGUUAGUUGAAACAUAUUUCCGAACCCAUACCAUAGGGAGGAAUCACGAGCAGCCCCAGCCUGUUGAUGAUAGGGAUUCUUUCUCAAGCAUUGCUGCUGUUAUAAACUCGGAGAGUCAAAUGGACACUGCUGCGGAAAUUGAUUCUCCGGUCUCCCUGUCGACUUCUUCUUCCAGAAGAAGAAAUAAUGCUUCGAGAGUCUCUGAUGUGGACAGUGGGGACUCUCGUGCACCUAGAAGGCGGAGAUUGAUUUAGGAAGAUAGAAUCCAUCUAAUUAUUCUCAUCCUCCGGGAAGUAGCCCUAGAUGCAACCUUGAAACCCAUAUGUAAGUGCUACCUGAUUAUAGUGCUUUCACUUCGUAAAGUUUUCGCCUUCUGCCACAGUUUUGGACUUUUCAUAAGGUGAUUAUAGAUCUUCCAAUGCUUUGCUGCUCCUUGUACUUUGUAUGAGAUAUUGCUGUUCUCAUUUUAAAAGCUUGUGCUUCCAAUAUCUAUGGAAAGGUAAAUUUGUAACGGAGCAAGUACGCCGAUUUAUCACCUCCCAUUGUACAUAAAGCUUCUUAUUGAUGGAAAACUGUUAGAUUUUCCAAUAUUAA